UUUCCAUCUCAAAAGGCCACUUCUGGCAUUGGCUCAGGCGACAGGAACUGCAGAACGGUCUCGGGGGUCCCGGAGCCCCAGAUUUCCCCAUAGAAAUUGGGCCUGUUGAUUAGCAGGAUGCUCCCUCUGUAAAGCCUCAGAGCAGCCGCAUCCUGCAGGCUUGGAAAGCGUCUUCUGGGCUCCAGCCGGGCAGGAGGUUCUCUGGGCCCCGGCAGACAGAGUUGAACUUUCAGAGUGGAAGGGCCCCAGUGGAAAUGGCUGCCGCCUUGAUCCCAAUCCCGCCCAGUUCGGACUGGCUGCCCUGCCGCUCCAGAGUGGCGACCGUGAGCUCUGACCUUGCGUCCUGCGCAGGAGCACGGGGAAGUGAUGGACUGCGUCCAGGAGCUGAGCCACUCGGUGAACAAGCUCUUUGGCUUGGCCUUGGCGGCCGUGGACAACUGCCUCACGCUGACCGACGGGCUGGGCGUGGGUGGACUCCUCGGGGCCCUGCAAGCCCUCUUCAGCAAAUACGCCUCGGACUUCAGUAAUGCCCUGCAGUCCAUCCGGAAGAAGUGCCGUCUGGAGGACCUCCCGCCAGAUUCCCACUUCCAGGAAGACUGGGCAGCUUUUCAGAGUGCCAUUCGGUGAGAAACACCCCC